UUUUAUUUAUUUUUUUUUAGUCAUAACGCGACACUAUUCAAGUCGUCAUUUCAUUUUUUGAACUUGAUUGCCUCUUUUCGCUGCCUAUUCUCUGUAUAUUUGCUGCCUAUGGAAACAUGUUCAACAACUUUUCAACAACUUCUCAAUAUUUGUUACUGUGAAGGCGGAGUUUCUUCUUUUACUAUAAGUAUAUUAAACAACUCCAAAUCUUCAAGCUUUAUGGCUUUGGUCAAGAAACAAAAGUCUCCUCAAGGCUGGAUUGAAACAGUACCUACAGCAGCAACAACAGAAGAAAAUGGUGAAGAGGAGGAAAAAGUAAAACGCCUUGAAGAACUUUCUAGUAGUGAUAAAAAAAUAGAGCAGAGCAUUCAGAUUGGCACCAAAUACGUGAAUAGCCAACUCCAUUGGGAAAAACAAUUAGAAGAUGAAUUUACUUCAACAGAAUUUGCAAAAUUAAAAGAUUAUCAAAAUAAACGACAACUAUUAAUUUUUACCCCAGCAAUUCCAACAACUUUUAAAAAUGUUGUUAAAUUUAAACAUUUAAUAAAAUGGAAAAGUUGUGAUGAAAAUAAAAUUUUGACAACAUUAAAAAAUGAUUUGGAAAGUGGAAAAGUAGAGGACGACAAAAUUCAAAAUUUAACGGAAGAUGGAAAAACUACAGCAUCAUUAAUUUUUAAAAAUAAUUUACUCCAACAAAAUUUAAAUAAUAAAAUUAUUUGGAGAAAUUCAGUAAAAGGUGAAGAAUGGCUAAAAUUGGGCGAAAAUAGGCUUUGGGCUAAUAAACAACCAACAGGGCUUUGGAUUGAUUUACAGGAUCUCGAGUUUGAUCAUCAUUGGCUUUUUACAAAAUCAGAAUCAGCAGAAAGAGAAUUAGUUUCGGCUUAUGAUGCUUGGGUAGAAGUACAUCAACAAGUUUUGAAUUUAAUCAAAAAAUGGUUGCUGUUGAGAGAACAAAAAGACGAAGUGGAAGGGGAACUUGAAGAGGCAACAAGGUAA